AUGGCGGACAUUCAAUUUGACAGUGCGCUCGAUCUUCUUCGGCGCCUCAACCCCCGCGACACGAAACAGAAUCUGCAGGCCAUUACGUCGAUUGUCCCCGACCUGACCGAAGACCUCCUCUCCUCCGUCGACCAGCCACUGGAGAUCCGCCGCUGCCCGAAGUCGAACCGCGAUUACCUGCUCUGCGAUUACAACCGGGACGGAGACAGCUACCGCUCGCCUUGGAGCAAUGAGUUCGAUCCGCCACUGGAGGACGGGACGGUUCCCAGCGAGCGGGUGAGGAAGCUCGAGGUUGCGGCUAACGAGGCGUUUGACGUGUAUCGGGAGCUGUACUAUGAGGGCGGAGUGGGCAGCGUUUACUUUUGGGAUUUAGAUGAUGGGUUUGCGGGUGUUAUCCUUCUGAAGAAAGGUGUUACGCCCGGAGCGAAGAGCUCGGGAGAGUGGGACAGCAUCCAUGUCUUCGAGGCGACUGAUAGGGCGCGCAUGUCUCAUUACAAGCUCACGAGCACGGUGAUUCUGCACUUGGCGAACGAGAAUGAGGCCCUCGGCGAGAUGGAUCUCAGCGGCAAUAUGACCCGGCAGAUGGAGGUUGAUCUGCCUGUGGAGUCGGAUGCGAGCCAUGUCGCCAAUGUGGGUAGGCUCGUCGAGGAUAUGGAGUUGAAGAUGCGGAACUUGUUGCAGGAGGUCUACUUUGGCAAGGCCAAGGAUGUGGUGGGUGAACUUCGAAGCCUCGCUCCGCUUUCGGAAACCAAUAAAGAGAAGGCUGCGCAUCUGGAGAUGAUUAGGUCUAUGCAGCGGUAA